UCCAGUUUCACCAGAGAGACUGAGGCAUCUGGAAAAGGGGAGAGAGUUCAUUGGAUCAAACAUGUCACAAGAGACGGACAAUAAAAACCGGCUUUUGACUAUAGUGCCAAGCGAUGCUCCCUUUAAUACCAGAAGAGCUUACACAAGUGAAGAUGAAGCUUGGAAGUCUUAUCUGGAAAACCCCUUAACAGCAGCUACCAAAGCUAUGAUGAGCAUCAAUGGGGACGAGGACAGUGCUGCUGCUCUUGGAUUAUUAUAUGACUAUUACAAGGUUCCAAGAGAUAGAAGAUUAUUGCCUGUUAACAAAGUGAGUGAUAAUCAAGAAGACCAGGACAAAAGAAACUGUCUUUCCACCAGCGAAACACAAAGUAACUUGAGCAGCAAUGGUGAAAACAGAGUACAGGUCUUGAAAACAGUGCCAGUAAACCUCUCCGUGAACCAAGAGCAGCUGGACACUUCCAAAAGGGAGCAGUUCAGUUCAAAUGUAUCAGGAAGCCCAUCCUCCAUUGCUGUGACUGGAGUUAUGGUGGUGAAAGCAGAAGAAUAUACCCCAGUUUACAUGACUCCUUCAGUGCAUUAUGCCAGGGGAGAAAAUGAAGAGCAUCGGGGGGUCAUAUUUGAACAUGCACAUUAUGAAGUGCCUAGCAUCACACCCCAUUCAACCUAUAUGAAAGAUGAUCAGCGCAGUACUCCAGACAGUACUUACAGUGAUACCUUUAAAGAUGGAGGGACAGAGAAAUUUCGCAGUAGUUCUGUGGGUCCUGAAGAAUAUAUUUAUGAACAAACAGCCAAUAACACAUUUCGGUAUACUUUGGAAGCUACUAAAUCCCUCCGUCAAAAACAAGGAGAAGGACCAAUGACUUACUUAAACAAAGGGCAGUUUUAUGCCAUAACACUGAGUGAAGCUGGAGACAACAAAUGCUUCAGAUAUCCAAUCAGCAAAGUCCGGAGUGUGAUCAUGGUUGUAUUCAGUGAAGAUAAAAACCGGGAUGAGCAGCUGAAGCACUGGAAAUAUUGGCAUUCACGACAGCACACAGCUAAACAGAGGGUCUUGGACAUUGCUGAUUAUAAGGAAAGCUUCAACACCAUUGGAAACAUUGAAGAAAUUGCUUAUAAUGCUGUAUCGUUCACUUGGGAUGUUAAUGAAGAGGCAAAGAUUUUCAUCACAGUGAACUGCCUAAGCACAGAUUUCUCUUCUCAAAAAGGAGUCAAGGGUCUUCCUUUGAUGAUUCAGAUUGACACAUACAGUUACAACAAUCGCAGCAAUAAACCCAUUCAUCGAGCCUUCUGUCAAAUCAAAGUAUUUUGUGACAAGGGAGCCGAGAGGAAAAUCCGGGAUGAAGAGAGAAAGCAAAACAGAAAGAAAGUGAAAGGCCAGAUUUCUCAAGCUACUUGCCCUAAUGCAGAAGGGAAGUUGACUGCAGUCCCUCUCCAAAAGAAGAGUGAUAUCACCUACUUUAAAACUAUGGCUGACCUGGAUUCCCAGCCUGUUCUUUUCAUACCAGAUGUUCAUUUUGGGAAUCUCCAAAGAGCUGGGCAGGUUUAUUAUAACACUGAUGAUGAACGAGAAGGUGGUAGUAUCCUGGCUAAACGGAUAUUCCGUGCAGUUGAGGAAGAUUUUGUUCCACCACCACUGAAACAAAUAAAAGAAGAAGGAACAAAAAGAGUUCUCCUGUAUGUGAGGAAAGAAGCAGAUGAAGUGUUUGAUGCUUUGAUGUUAAAGUCUCCCACGGUAAAAGGGCUUAUGGAUGCGAUUUCUGAGAAAUAUGGCCUUCCAGCUGAGAAGAUUAUAAAGCUUUAUAAAAAAAGCAAAAAGGGGAUCUUGGUAAACAUGGAUGAUAACAUCAUUGAACAUUAUUCCAAUGAAGACACUUUCAUCCUAAACAUGGAGAACAUAAUGGAGGGCUUCAAGGUCACGUUGACGGAAAUCUAGUCUAGACCAGCAUAGACCUUGUGAAGUCACACCAUUUUACCAAGGAAGGGAAAAAAAAAUAAUCAACCCCCCUGAUUUCACUGUUGCUGAGAAGAAAGGUUGUUACAAACCUAAGUUGGAAACAACCACACUUCAUUUUUUUGCCACUGGAAACCAGUUUGGCAAUUACUGACCAGUCUGUUCAAAAGAACAUACCUUCAUAAAGUUCCUUAUUUAUUGCUCCUCACUCUGCAAUAUGUAAAUAAUCAGUGGACCCUAGACUUCACAAUCUUGAUGUUGCAAGGGUGAAACAGAGACUUUAAAUAAAAACAAAAAUAGUUAAUACAAGGAAAAUAAUAAGUUGAAGAAUUAUGUCAGUUCCACUGGGACUUAAUUACUGAAAUUGCACCCUCUAAAUGAAUUGCUAGAAAGUCUGAUGAGAGCUAACAAUGGGCAAAGUGCCUGGUGGUGUUUGCACACCUACUGUAUAUAAAACUUCUACCUAGUGCUGAGUAUCAUGUAGCUUAGCCAUUUCCCUCCAAGUGCUUCCCUGCACAGGUCAACUGAGGGCUUUAAGACUCUUAGAUGGCAUGUACUUUGUAAGUAAAACACCAUCCAUUUUACCUUCUGUAUAUAUUGUUUAUAAUAUGUAAUAAUAUAUUUUUCCUAUCUGUGUGAAUGUGUUUACUGCCACUCUAUUCUGUGUCUGGAUUAGAAGUUGGCAGAGCCCUUGGCCAAGGAGAAAGGAUCUCUCACCAGCUGUUCGUUCUUCAGGGUUUUUGAUACCUUUUGUUCAAGGCUUGUCCAGGAGCACAUUAGAAAGUUAAAAUUCCUUAUUAUCACAACUAAGAUUAUUCUUUCCCUGAUAUACCAGCCUGUCAGGCCUUCCAAUGAGAUGCUUUUUCUUACUGUUAGACUAGAACUCCUGUUAAGCCAGACAUUUAACCAUACAGAGUACAACUGAAGGCAGUUUUAGUCCAAAACAUUUGGAGUGCACCAGCUUUCUAGAGUCAGAUUUAUCCAAUUAUGCUGCAGUCUUUCAGUUCCUGAAGUAUUUUUCCUUUAUAUGUACCCUUCGAUUUUUAUGUUCUGUCCAAUGCAUCCUUGCUGAACAGAACUUAAAUUUUUGCUGGGCGUCAUGCAGGGAAUCAUAAAUGAGGCAUUUCUGUGUCAUUCCCACCAAUGGCUGCUUCCCAUUUUGACCCAAGCUUUUCUAAAGAAAUGUUAUUCUUCCACUCAAGUUACCUCUGCUUUGAAGUUUCUGGCAAUGUGAAGCCAAAUCUGAGUUUAGCAAGAUAUUUUAUUUUUUCCUUCCAUUUUAGGGAAGUCAUAUGCUCAUAAAACAAUAGAACUGUAAAGUUUGAAGGAAGAUUUGGAAUCAUCUAGUGAAGUCCAGCCCCCUGAACAUGCCAAGAUAUACAGUGGAGGAUGCAAGUAAUGGGUCUAAACAUCCCCUAGAGGGAUCUCUAGCAGAGGAGAAUCCAUAAUCUACUGCAGCAGCUUGUUCCAUGUUCACACCAUGCUUUCAAAACAUCUCUUAAUGCUCAGUUGAAAUCUGCUUUCCCAAAAUGUUCUCAUCCUUUCUUCAGGAGCAAUAGAGAACAGCUAUGCCCAGUAGCUUUCCAUAGAUUUGAAGAUUGUUACUUUAUAACGUCUUUCCAUAAAAAAGGGUCGGACUUACGUUUGUAAAUACUGCACAAGUCCUGCUGCUUUUUCUUCUUUUUCUUCUUAACAAUAUCAAAUCAUACUCAUGAUUUGGGCUAGAAAUGAAUUCAUUUGGUUUGUGUUUGACCCAAACUGAAAUUUAGUUACUGAUUAAAAUUCACUUUUCUGAAUCUUGUGGUUCAUAGAUGUGUAGAAUGCAUUUAUUCAUGAAAUGCUAUACAAAAAUGCAUUAUAUUAGGAGACUUAUUUGUAAGAGCAUGGACACGAAGAGAUGUGCCCCAGAAUAUACAUCAAAUGUUAGUGCAGUCUUCAUAGAAGCCAUAAGUGCAACAAACCAAACCUGAGAAAUUUGCAGAAAUGAGCAUCUGAGAAUUAACUUGCGAUUCACAAGAAUUAGGGACUGAAAAAGAAAUGAAAUUGAUCUCUAUCCUGUGCUCAUCUCUAUCCUGUGCAUGGUGUAUAUAUAUGUAUAUAUAUACAACUUGAGUUUUGAUAGAGUUUUUGGCAUUGCAAUUCAUAUCGAAAUGCAUUUUGUGAACUGCAUAUUUAUUGAGGAUAUUCUACGAUAUGCAUGAAGAGGGGGUUUUUUUCCCCUUUAAUGGAAUUAAUCCAAAGAACUGCAUGCCAGCUGGAUCCAAUCGCCUGAGUGAGGCGCCUUCACCUUCAUUCAUUUCCCCUUCCAACUCAUUCAACCUGUUGCAGGAUUUUUUGUCAAUACAUCUCCAAAGAGGUUUUGGCAAGAGUGGAAGAAAUGUCUUGUAUGAAUGGCGUUUUCAUAUUAUUAUUUUUUUUCAUUUAGUAAAACUGACUAGUGUUCCUGAUAGCUCCCACUAGAAUGUAAAUACAAAAAAUGUACAUAAUGCUGUUCUUGAUGUGAGUCUGUGUACAUAUGCCGCCUACCAAAUUUUUUGUUGUCGUCGUCGUUCAAUAUCUAGUCAUCUAUUUUGUUUUGUUUUAAUGGCACUUCCAUGGAUGGGGCUAGUGGGAAAGAGAAACAGCACAGCAGCAGAACAGAGGCUGUGCACACAGGAAGCCUUUGUUUUGGUCAGCAGCCACUUCAGGUAGAAACGCCGACGACCCUGGCAGAAACCCAUCAUCGCAAAUAAGCCUUCCCUAACAGUAACCCUUCAGAUACGUUGGGCGAUAGCUCCCAGUUUUCUGAACCUUUAAACACAAUGGUUUGCUGAUAUAUAUGAAAAUAACUCUUUUUCAUGUACUGUAUCCAUGUUUUUGUAGCACAUUGUCUUCUAGAGAUUUGACUGCAUACCUACUAUGUUUUGGGUGUGUUUUUCUGUCUCCUAGCAACUGCCUGGGCUAGUCCUUGCAAUUUUCUUGGCAAGUUUUUUGGAAGUGGUCUGCCAUUGCCUCC